AUGUAUUGCAUUCGAAAGAUUCUUGGUUCAGCCUUUGGGUGUCUGGCUUUCGUCUCGCCAGCCCAAGCUGCUCCUGUCAACGGCUCUGCGCCAACCCUACCGUCUUCCUCCACCAUUCAGUUCCCUGUCGGCGCAAAUGGACCAAACGCAUCAGUCGUGUUCCCGCUGUCAAAUGGAUUCCCAAACAUCAUCAGCGGCACGCCAGCUUUCCAACAGCUAACGGUCCAAGCCCAUGGCUCUAUAUCCAACGCUCCACCUCCAUCGACCUUUGCAGCAGAUGACCUGCGAAGCCUCAAGGUUAUCCAGAUCCAAGAGACUUUCGAAGCCUACUACUUCACCCAGUUACUGCUCAACAUCACCAACAACGUCCCCGGCUUCGAGAUCAGCGAUCCUUCAUUGAAGCAAGACAUCAUUGAAAAGCUGACGGUCAUCCAAGGUCAGGAGCAGUGGCAUGCCCUCAAUGCCGGUGGGACUUUACAACACUUCAAUGUUUCACAGAUUCAGCCGUGCGUCUUUAAGUCUCCUGCGACCGACCUCGCAAGUGCCAUCCACAUUGCUGCCAAUUUCACCGCCGUUGUGAUCAGCACCCUUCAAGAUGUCGCUACCCGACUUGGACAAAACGGGGACUCGGCUGCAAUCGGGGGAAUUGUUUCUGUGGCUGGCCAGGAAGGAGAACAGCAAGGCAUCUACCGCACGCUUCUCAAUGACCUUGUCCCCUCGGAGCUUCCAUUUCUGACCCGAUCAACCCGUGAAUUUGCGUACUCGGCUCUUCAGCAGAACUUUAUAGUGCCUGGCACCUGUCCCAACGACAAUACCAUUGAUGUGCCCAUUUUUGGGACUUUGAACGUCUUGACCACGAACAUCCAAGCGGUCGACCAGGUUCUCACCUUCAGCAUCGAGAGAAAUUCGACCCAAGGUCUCGGGCUUGUAUACAUCAACCAACAGAAUCUGCCCAUCGUUGAGACAAUCACCAACCCGUCUACCAGCAACGGCGUGACCACUUUCUCAGCCAACUUUCCAUUCAGCCAGAAUUCGCUGAACGGUCUUACAAUUGCGGCGGUCGUCAACUCGACCGGACCGUUUGCGAAUGCCAAUGAGGUUGCGAACAUGACUCUCUUCGGUCCCGGCCUAAUUUACCCUAACUAG